AUGCUUGGAGGAAAAUCUCACGAUUCUGAUGAAAACAGAGAGGGUAAAAAGAAAAUUGAUGACGCAAAUGGUGAUUAUGGCAGUAAAACAGGUGGUAGUAAUGGCAAAGGUCACGGUCGCACAAGAGACAGUAGUAUCAAUGGAGAAGGCAACAAAGAUAAGCAGCAUCCUAGAUCGAAAACAGAACAUAGUAAUAGCGGCGGGAGAAAUUUAAUCGCAUCGAUGGUACCAAAUAAAUUAAAUCCAACAAGGCAAAAAUUAUUGAAGGCAAUCAAAUUAAAAAAUCACAAAGAAUCUUUAGAACAUUGUACAAAAUUAAUUCAAAAUAAACCCAACUCAUGUACAUACAGAUGUGAACGGGCAGAGAUUUUUCUAAAUCUUGGUGAGAAAUCACAAGCACUUGAAGAUUUGAACCAUGUUCUUAAACUCAAACCAGAUAAAUCACAUGCUCUAUUUCUACGUGGAAUAUUAUUGUACAGAGAUUUUGAUAAGAAAAACAAAGCAAUCGAUGAAUUACGUAAAGCAUUGAAAAUGGAACCAAGUAAUGCAUUGGCACUUGAAUCACAUAAAAUUUGUGCCGAGUAUUUUACACAAGAGAAAAAUAACUCCGAAAUGAUUUACCAUGUGAAUGCAGGACUGAUAAUUAAACCACAAGAUCCUUGGUUAUUAAAUAAACAAGCUUUGAUACAUUAUCAAAAAAACGAGUUCUCGUUAGCAAUUAGUAGUUUAAAUGUAGUUUUGUUGGCAGAACCCAACAAUAUUGACGCUUUACAUCUUAGAGGGGAUACUUAUAAAAAAUUAUCAAGUUAUCAAAAAUCAUUAAAAGAUAUCACUAAAGCUUUGGAUCUGUCACCAACAAAUCCUUUGCUUAUACUAAAAAGAGCAAAAUUAUUUAAAUUAUUAGAAAAAUAUGAGGAAUCAUUGAAUGAUUUAGAACAAUUAACUGGACUAUCACCAGAUCCUAAAUCUGCCAUUGCUGCAUCUCUAUUCAGCAAUCGAGGUCAAGCAUAUCAAGGUUUAUCUAGAUAUAAAGAGGCACUUAAUGAUUACACUAAAGCAUUAAAUUUGAAACCUAAAGCAUCAACUUAUAGAAGACGUGCACAAAUUUAUCAAAUUUUACGGCAAUACCAAGAUGCAGUAGGAGAUGCUAGAUUAGCAUUAAAGACUGGUAAGGGGAAUGAUGCUAAAGCUGCCACAUUACUUAAUCAACUCUAUGCACAAUUGAAUCGGUAUGAUGAUGCAUUAAAUUUGUUGGAUGAAUCAUUAAAAUUAUUUCCAAAUGAUGCAAAAAGACUAUCUGAAAGAGGAACUGUCUAUAAAGCUCUGAAAAGAUAUGAUGAGGCAUUGAGUGAUUUGAAUAAGGCAUUAUCAAUCGAUGCAAAAAACGUUCUUGCAUAUCUUUCCAGAGCAAAAGUCUAUAGAGAACGAAAGGACUAUGUUAAUUCAUUGUCAGAUAUGAAUUCUGCUAUUGGAAUAGAACCACAAAAUGCUAAACUUUUAAGAAAUCGUGGAAAAAUAUAUACAUUAAGUGGAAAAUAUAAUCAAGCUGUGCUAGAUUUAGAAAAAUCAAUCUCAAUCGAACCAAAUAAUCCUUCAGGCUAUCGAUACCGAGGCAAAACUUUUUCAUAUACAAAAAAAUAUAAUGAAGCAAUAAAGGAUUUUGAUAAAGUGUUAAAAUUGAAGCCGAAUGAUCCAAUUGCCUUACAUGAUAGAAGUGAAUCAUUAUAUAAACUGAAUAAAUUCAAUGAAGCUUUAAAUGACAUCAAUAAAUCCUUGGAAUUAGAAGAGAAUAAUACUAACUCAUACGAAUUGAGAGCUUUAAUAUAUGAAGAACUUGGUGACCAUAAGGGUGCUGUAUCAGAUUUAAGUAAAUUGUUGGAAAAAACCCCUAAAAAUAAAGAAAUAUUGCUUCAUAGAGCAAAAAUUUACGAGUCACAAGAUCAGUAUUACGAUGCAUUGAAUGAUUGGUGCCAAUUGGUGAAAUCAGAACCCAAAAACUUGAAAUAUUUGGAGAAUCGAGCUAGAUUGUUAUUGGAAUUGUGUAGAUAUGAAGAUGCAAUUAAGGAUUAUGAUGAAUUGCUGAAACUUUCACCAAACAAUACAAUAUUUAUUUCUGCAAAAUUCGAAGCUUAUCAAUAUUUUAAUAAGACAGAUGAGGCAAUUGAAGAAUUAACAAAGUUAAUUGUAGAAAAAGAAAAACAAAUUGAUAAGAUGAACCUAGGUGAUAAGAAUAAAAUGGCGGGCCCAAUUGAAGUAACAAAUCUAACUGGACAAGCUGUUUUAAAUGACAUAAUACCCUUAUAUGUUGCAAGAGGGACUCUUUAUCGUUCCAAAGGAAACCAAAAAGAAGCAGCAUUGAAAGAUUUCAACAAUGCAUUAGGAAUCAAUCCCAAUACAACGGAACCAAUUAAUUAUACCAAAGAACAGCUUAGGGCAUUGUGUUAUCGUGGAUGUAUCAAUCAGUCAAUGGUAGAUAUUGAUAAAGUGUUGGAAAAUGAACCUAAUAAUAUUUUAGCAUUAUGUGAACGAAGUGCUAUUUAUAGAGAUCUAGAUUAUCAUACUAUAGCUUGGCAAAAUAUAAAGAAAGUUUUAAAUGAACCUAUGUUUGAUGACAAUAAUGCUUCUUCUAUUUCAGUAAAUUAA